UCCUAUCAUUUAACUCGAACACUUGUCGGUGCCGGGUCUUGUGAAUGCCGUUUCCUCAUUAUCGCAACGUGUGUUUUCUACAACUAAAGACUUGAUUCAGUUUGUGGGACAAUGGGUCGCCGCAAGUCCAAAAGAAAACCACCUCCUAAGAAGAAGAUGACAGGAGACCUGGAAACUCAGUUCACCUGUCCGUUUUGCAACCACGAGAAAUCAUGUGAUGUCAAAAUGGAGAGAAGCAGAAAUACAGGAAUAAUAUCAUGCACAGUUUGUUUGGAGGAGUUCCAGACACCCAUCACCUAUCUGUCAGAGCCAGUUGAUGUGUACAGUGAUUGGAUAGAUGCCUGUGAAUCAGCCAAUCAGUAGCCUCUCAGGAACUGGAUUAGGAUGUGGCUGGUGGGUCUGGGCCAAUUAAACAAAGCCAAUCCAAAGACAUUUAUGAAACUGGUCUUAUUCACAGGUUUCUGUAUGGUCACUUGAAAUUUACAGCCAUGUGAUGAACAGUCUCAUUUACAAUGUGAGGUCUUCAGCACAGACAAGGUCCAAACUCUUCCUCAUUGCAGAAACACAGCUCUCAAAGAAAAUUAGUAAAGUGGGAGAAAUAUUAAGUGGAAUUUUCUGCCAACAGAACAGGAAUAUUUCACUUGCUAAGAUUUAAAGAAAUGUAAAAAUAUCUAUUCUCAAUACCCCACAUGUCUUAAGCCUAGUACAACUACACUCAGGUACAUUUAUCAGAUACAAGGCAGUUUUGUACUUGUUAAUCAAACAGCUUUAUAAUUGUGGUCAUUCUAAUUUCAAGCAUUCAUUUUCUCUGAACAGUAAUAAAACCAUAGUAACAAGUUGUAUCUUAUGAUAAUUAAGGGCAAAAACCUUGAAACAAGUGAAAGGUUUUAACAUGUAACCUGCCUGGUGAGAGGAAAUAUCUUGUCAGGCAAAAACAAGCAUCUGAAUAAGGGUUUAGCCCACAACUGCAGUAUUUACUCUUUAUUCUUGUACAUAAUUUAUUUGCAGUACUGCUUUAUUCUCACACAUUAGGCAGGGCUGUCUUGUUUUCAUUUUUUUUCCUGGCAGCUCUCAAAGAAGCCUUAGAUGUAGAAAUAGUAGUUUAUGUUGAAGAUUACAAAAAAUGUUCUUUUUAUUUUGUUUUAAACUGGUAGUUUUUUUUUUGUUGUUGUUUUAAGUGGAGCAAAUAUAAUUUUAAUCAGAAGCCAUUGGACUAGUAAGAGGAUGUGCUCAGAUCCUGGCAUUUUAAUGUAGACUCAAUAAAAAACCUUUUGAUUA